AUGUUUGAGCCCGAUUUCAAGGGCCAAGUUGAUCUGAUUCCGGUUGAGUUACGGGAAGGUUUUAAUCUAGAAAUUGUUGGUAACUUCCGUGUACCCAAACGUGAUGUGUUGAGGGCACCCGUGCCAGAAGGCGAAAAAGCUAUCCUUGCGGACUUUGGGAAGUUUGAAAAGUGCAUCCCCAAGAAGCAUGUGGAGAAGAAGCAGGUGAAGAAAACCGCGCGGGGUCGUGGUAAGGAGAAAGCUGAGGGCUCAGUUGUCCCUCCUCCGGUGUCUCAGGCCGCAGGUAGUGCGGCUGCGAGUGGAACCGCUGCGGGCUCCCGCGUUGUUGGUAAGAAGAGAGAACCAGAGCAAAAGGCUGCUGGUGGUGGUGAAUUGAAGCGUCGGAAGCUGCAGUCUAAAAGGACUGCUCCGACGCAAAAGAAACCUGCGGUUGCUGCUGAACCCGAAGAUGCAGGAUAUUCUCUCUUUGAUGCUCCUUUUUCUCCCUCGCAUACCACAGCUGCGGGUGCGGGGGUACCAAAGGAGCCUGCGGCACCUUCUGUCAAGGUGGUUCCUGAUCCCCCCGUACAGGUGGAGGAAACAGUGGAGAAUACUGCUGCCCAGAUUUUUGAUACUAUGGAUUCCUCCAACAACCUGAUCAGCCCAACUGAUGGCGAUGGGUUGGACUUGAGGUUUUCAGAUACUGGGAAACAGAAGUCGGAUGCUGAGCCGCGGCAGACUGAUGCUGAGCCGCAGAAAUCUUCUGCUGGUGAGAAGGUUACCAGUUCUUCUUCCGGUGGUGCGGAUUAUGAUGGGCCUCCUAUUCAGCCUGGGGAGUCUAAAUUGGAGUACUAUUACUGCACCUACACACAGGAUCGAAGCCGCAGGGAAGAAGAAGCUGCUCGUUUGUGGGCCGAAGCAGAAGAGUUGGUGAAGGCUGCUCGUGCGGGUGCGGAGCAACUUGAAAGAGAGAGAGCUGCUUUUGAUAAGCAGAAACAGAUUGCAGCGUGGGAUGCAACUGCUGAGCUGAAACAGGCAGCGAACGCUGCUUUGGGCAAAGAGAAGGCUGCAGCUGAGGCGAUUGCGGUUAAAGCGCAGCAGGCGGAGGCCCGGGCUGCUGAAGUUCAGACCCGGGAGGUCGCGGUUACAGACCUCACAGCCCGCGUUAGUGUUGCGGAAGAGCGGGCUAAUGUUGCCGUUGAAGCCAGAGAUGCUCUGACUUCUUCGCUCCAACAACUGGAGGCUGAUCGUGAGUGGAUGCGGAGUCAAGGCAUUGCACAUGUAAGUAUUUUGUGA